CAUAUAUAUACAGUUUACGUUACCUUCAUUAACUUAAACACAUAUAACCAUGUGUGUGUAUAUAUAGCCUGUGUGUGUGUGAAGUUAAUUAAGGUAAUGUAAACUGUCGUUGGUGGAAUGAAAUAUAAACAUACAGUUGAGGUUUGUUUCAUUGACAUAGUCUGCAGUUGUUGCCUAUAUGCGCCAUGUAGGAAGCAUGCGCACUCGCUCACCCACACACACACACACACACACACAGACACAUACACAUACAUACACACACACACACACACACACGUACAUCUUCAGUCUCUCACACAAAGAGACAAAUGUCCUUUUGGCGUUUUUGAAAACACGUCACAGAGCACUGGGGUCGUUGAACAGGAGACACCCAAUUGAAAACACGCACUGCUUCUGAUUCAAAUUCAAUUUUGUUUAUUUCUACUGCGAUAAUUGCCUCGGUUUAUUUAUACAUUUAUUUAUUUAUUUAUUUUUUUUUUAUUGAACAGCCUAUGUGCAAAAGUCCAGCGAUGGCCCCGUGAGUCUGCACGAGCCCGCAAACCAAUUUCAAGUCCGUGUUGUAGGUGUCGCUGUUGACCACGUCUGCAUCCGCAGUGCACGAGAGCGUGUGCAGCGGAGAGGAGGCUGCGUCUCAAGGCCAUUUUCAAAUCUCAUUGGUGGGCUUGUCAUGUGGUCGGGAGGCAUCCUGACUUACACGGAGAUGGUUUUUCCUAUAGAUAUGUCAGCCUACAAAGGACAUCUCUCUCCUCCAAAGAACUUUACCCCCAAAAUGUCCUUCCCCACUAGCUCUCCUGCGGCAAACACCUUUCUAGUGGACUCGCUCAUUGGCGCGUGCAGGACGGACAGCUUUUACUCCAGCAGCAACAUGUACAUGCCGUCCGGCUCAGAAAUGGGAACUUACGGAAUGCAAACCUGUGGACUCCUGCCGUCUUUCGGCAAAAGAGGGGAGGUCAGCCACCAAAAUAUGGGCAUGAAUGUCCACUCGUACAUACCUCAGCUAGAUAACUGGACUGACCCGAGCAGAGCCUGCAGAAUAGAGCCGUCCACGCAGAUGACAAACUGUUCAUUUUCACAGAGCAUAAAGGAAGAGAGUAACUGCUGCAUGUACUCCGACAAGAGAGUGCAGAAAGUCAGCGUGACAGAAGUGCCCGCUUACUCUAAUGUGGUCCCCGAGUCCUGUCCCGCAGACGGCCCGGAGAUCCCGGUACCGGGAUAUUUCAGACUGAGCCAAACUUAUGCGAAUGGGAAGCAUCAGGAAAACUACUGCCAUCAGCCGCCGAGUCCGAACCCAACAUUGAUGCAGCUCAGUCGGCUCACCCCGAAGCCGCAGUCCGCUUCCUCCUCCUCUUCAUCGUCCUCUAAUUUUGCAGAGGUGGAAAAGAAAAGUGAAGACGUCCAGCCGCAGGAUUCCGAGACCUCGAGGACUCCGGUCCCCGCGGAAAGUCCGGACCCAAAGUCCGGCUGUGAGGAGAAAAGCUGCACCAUGGACGCGCCUGUGUCCAGCCCUGAGCUGCAGCAGCAGCAGCAGGAAGGGAAAGACUGCAAGAGUGACACGCCGACGAGCAACUGGUUAACAGCCAAGAGUGGCAGAAAGAAAAGAUGCCCCUACACCAAGCACCAGACCCUGGAGUUGGAGAAGGAGUUUCUCUUCAAUAUGUAUCUGACCCGAGAGCGCCGCCUAGAGAUCAGCAGGGGCGUCAACCUCACCGACAGGCAGGUCAAGAUCUGGUUUCAGAACCGCAGGAUGAAACUGAAGAAAAUGAACAGGGAGAACCGCAUCCGUGAACUGACCUCAAACCUCACCUUUUCGUGAGCUCGCAUUUGUUUCUUUUGUUUUCCUUUUUUUCCUCUGUUUAUUUGUAUGUCUCUUGUAUUCAGUUUGAUGCGUUUGGUGGCAUUGGACGUUCAUCUUUAAUUUCAGCGAAACUGUGACUAUAUAUAUAUAUAUAUAUAUAUGCCAUUUUAGUACUUUGUGUGGCGUCUCGUGGCCUAUAUAUGUUUGAUUUUGGGUUUUGUCACAUCAGGGUAACACGUUUUGUUCUUAAAUUAUUGGAGAAGUAGACUUCGUCUCUCCCCCCUUCUCCUCCUCAUCCUCCUCCUCUGUCCGUGGACAUGGAUUCUAUUCUAUUGUGUCAGGGUGGUGAGUUCGCUUUGUUGAAAGAUGUUGCUUUAUUUGAGUCAUGAAAGCACAUUUAUUGUCGUAUAGUGCAGCGUUUGUUUUACAGUGAGUGCCAGACAUUUGCUCUAUGGUGAAGUGUUUCUAUGUGGGCCUUUUAAAGUGGCGGAAAAACGGUGUUGAUCUGUGAAUUUUACUGCAUGUUUGUGGCAUGUAUAUCUUGCAAUAAAUAUGAUUGUCAAAUAA